GUUGAGUUUGCUCCAACCUGAGGAGCAGCCAGCGCGAGCUGUUCGUACUAUGGGAGCUUAAACGGUGGUCGAGGGGGCCAAAAUUCACACACUGAGAGGGUUUCAGAGCACCGGGACGAAGAGGAUAUAUACCUACACUGAGGGUCGACGCAUUCGUUAAGGAGUUUAUUACGUUGAGCCUGAAAAGCAACGAAAAAAUAUGCGGAUAACGGAUAGUUGCUCAGGUUUUCCAAAUCCCUCAGCGCAGAGGACAACAGCAGAAACAACAUCCGUGUUACUGACUGGUGCUGUUAAAAAGGAUGCUUUUUACUCCGAAACCUUCUCCGUUUAGCGUUUUACCCCGUGGCAUAUGAACAUUUAGCAACGAAAAGGUCAAGGUUUAAAGGCUUUAAAGCACACCAGCAGUGUAUUUGGGCAGCCAGCUGAAUGUUUACGCUUUAAAAUGGCUGCGGACGGGAUCAGAAUAAGACUUGAAUAAUAUGAUGCUUUAAAGCUGGAAAUAUCUCAUCACUUGAGUUAUGGUAAUGCUCUGGGAGGAAAGAUUUUUUUCAGUGUUAUGGGGAAUUAUUUUCCAGCCCUGUAACUGCAGGAGGUAACGUAGGAAAUUCCUGCCCUUGUUCAGAAACAAUGAGGCGAGAAAGAUGAUUUAAUAUGCCUGUGUUUAUGCUCAUUUGAUCAUAUCACACUCGGAUCUGGAGGUUUUCCAUUAAACGAUUGCCUAAAUUUUGGGAAACUAUUGCUGAUAUUUAAGGAAUAUCCAUGAUCUGUAAGUGAACGGAUCCCCUCUGCUGUUUUAAUUGAAACAAUCUGGGCUCCAGUAAGCAGGGAAGAAAGGCCCUAAGAUACUGAUACCCAAUCACCAACAAUAGCAGCAUCCCUAAACCAUGAAUGCUGGGAAGAGGAUGCUAAGACCUGAACUGUUUCUGGUCAGACAGAGACUGCAGGGCAUGCAGAGAUAUUUAUGGCUGUGUGUGAUGUUCUCCCUGGUGCUGAUUUCAGACGGCUCUCCAUCUACACCCUGCGAGCAGAGCUGUCUGUCAGGCAGGUGUGUGAACGGAUCUUGUGUCUGUGAUCGUGGAUGGGUUGGGGACCAGUGUCAACACUGCCAGGGAAGAUUCAAGUUGACUGAGCCGUCUGGGUACCUAACAGAUGGCCCCAUCAACUACAAGUACAAAACCAAGUGCACCUGGCUGAUUGAGGGCUACCCAAACGCAGUCCUGAGGUUACGAUUUAACCAUUUUGCGACCGAAUGUAGCUGGGACCACAUGUACGUCUAUGACGGAGACUCGAUUUAUGCUCCCUUAGUAGCCGUCUUCAGUGGUCUCAUUGUCCCUGAAGUGAAAGGGAACGAGACUGUCCCUGAAGUGGAGACCAACUCAGGCUACGCACUUCUGCACUUUUUUAGCGACGCUGCCUACAACCUGACAGGAUUUGAAAUCUUCUACUCAAUCAACUCAUGCCCAAAUAACUGCUCUGGCCACGGGAAGUGCACCUCGGGGAACUCGAUAGCGAGCCGUGUAUAUUGUGAAUGCGAUAAGUACUGGAAGGGUGAGGCCUGUGACAUCCCGUACUGCAGGAACAACUGUGGCAGCCCCGAUCACGGCUACUGCGACCUCACCGGGGAAAAGCUCUGCGUGUGCAAUGACAGCUGGCAAGGUCCAGACUGCUCACUAACAGUGCCCUCCACAGAGUCUUACUGGAUCAUGCCCACAGUGAAGCCUUUUGGAGCAUCACUGGGAAGAGCAUCCCAUAAGGCGGUGGUACAGGAAAAGGUCAUGUGGGUUGUUGGUGGCUACACCUUUAACUACAGCAACUUUCAGAUGGUUCUAAAUUAUAAUUUGGAAAGUGGCAUCUGGAACACUGUGCCCAUCAGUAGCGGACCCCUGCCGAGAUACGGACACUCCUGGGCACUAGAUCGGAAUGACAUCUACAUGUUUGGAGGCAAGUUGGAGAUGGGUGCCAGUAACGUAACAGAUGAACUGUGGGUGUUUAACAUACCCAAAAUGACAUGGUCGCAGAAGUCCCCCAGUGUGCCAGCCCACGGCCAGAUCUACGCUGUGGAAGGCCACUCCGCCCAUUUAGUAGAGCUGGAUAACGGUGAUGUGGUGAUGGUUGUCAUCUUCGGCUACUCCUCCAUCUACAGCUACAUCAGCAAUGUUCAGGAGUACAACAUCAGAACAAACACAUGGCUGGUGCCAGAGACCAGAGGAGCGAUCGCUCAGGGUGGGUACGGCCACAGCAGCGUGUACGACAGCAGCAGCAAGAGCGUGUACGUCCACGGGGGCUACAAAUCUCUUCCAGCAAACAAAUACGGCCUGGUGGAUGAUCUUUACCGCUAUGAGGUUCAGUCCCGUACAUGGACGAUUCUUAGGGAAAGUGGUUACCCACGUUACCUGCAUUCGUCUGUGCUGCUGGGAGGAACGCUGAUCAUCUUUGGAGGAAAUACCCAUAAUGACACCUCUCUUAGCAAUGGAGCCAAGUGCUUCUCUGCUGAUUUCCUCGCCUAUGACAUUGCAUGUGAUGAGUGGAAGGUCCUUUCCAAACCAAACUUGCACAGAGACGUGAAUCGCUUUGGACAUACAGCAGUAACCAGUAAUGGGUCCAUGUAUGUGUUUGGGGGUUUCUCCAGUGUCCUUCUGAAUGAUGUACUAAUCUACAGGCCACCCAGCUGUGAGGCCUUCCUGGGGCAGGAGCGCUGUGAGGCCGCAGGCCCUGGUGUGCGCUGCAUUUGGAAAGGGGGCCGCUGCAUGUCCUGGGAGCCCAGCUUCACUAACAGAGCUACACCUGCUCCAUUGUGCCCUGCCAAAGCUGCCACGGUGGAUGAGAGAUGUUACCGUUUUUCAGACUGCACCAGCUGUACCGCCAACACUAAUGGAUGUCAGUGGUGUGACAGCAAGAAGUGCAUCUCAGCUCUCAGUAACUGUAGUGCUACUGUGAAGAAUUUCACCAAAUGUCCAAUCAGAAACUUGGAGAUUUGCAGUAAGAUGGCCAACUGCAAGAGCUGCUCCCUCAACCUCAGUUGCCAAUGGGAUCCUCAACAGCAGGAAUGCCACACCCUUCCUGCCCAGCUGUGUGGAGACAGCUGGAGCAAUGUUGGGGAGGCCUGUCUGCAGAUCAACUCCAGCAGAGAGAGCUAUGACAAUGCUCAGCACUACUGCAAGAACCUGGAGGGAAACAUCGCCUCCCUUACCACAGGCAAGCAGGUGGACUAUGUGCUGGAGGAACUGCAGAAGUACCAGCAGAAGGGGAAGAAACUGUCCCCAUGGGUUGGCCUGAGGAAGAUCAACGUGUCAUACUGGGGCUGGGAGGACAUGUCUCCAUUCACUAACACCUCUCUGCAGUGGCUGCCUGGUGAGCCCAAUGACUCAGGCUUCUGUGCUUACCUGGAGAGAGCUCAGGUCUCUGGCCUCAGGGCGAAUCCCUGCACCGCCAACACAGACGGCCUCAUCUGUGAGAAACCAGUCGUGAGCCCGAACCAGAACGCCCGACCAUGUAAGAUGCCCUGCUCUUUGCGCACCUCUUGUGAGAACUGCACCAGCCAGGCCAUGGAGUGCAUGUGGUGUGGAAGCACCAAACGCUGCGUGGACUCCAAUGCCUACGUCAUCUCCUUUCCCUACGGCCAGUGUCUGGAGUGGCAGACAGGAGACUGCGUGUCUCAGAACUGCUCUGGUUUGCGUACAUGCGGUCUGUGUCUGGAGCAGCCUGACUGCGGCUGGUGUGGGGACCCUAGUAACACCGGCCGAGGGCAGUGCAUGGAGGGUUCAUAUCGCGGGCCCAUGAAGAGCCCCUCCAGACACCGUCAAGACAUGGUGCUGGAGACGGGACUCUGCCCAAAAGAACGGGGCUUUGAGUGGGCCUUCAUCCAGUGCCCUGCAUGCCAGUGCAAUGGCCACAGCACAUGUGUGAACGUCAGUGUGUGCGAGCAGUGUCGUAACCUCACCACCGGCCUUCACUGCGAAACAUGCUUGUCUGGAUACCAUGGAGACCCAACCAAUGGUGGAAAGUGCCAAGCCUGUAAAUGUAAUGGCCAUGCCAACGUAUGCCAGGUGCUGACGGGCAAAUGCUUCUGCACCACCAAGGGUAUCAAAGGCGACCAAUGCCAGCUUUGUGACUCAGAAAACCGUUACCUUGGCAACCCCCUUAGAGGAACCUGUUACUAUAACUUGCUGAUUGAUUACCAGUUCACCUUCAGUCUGCUUCAAGAAGAUGACCAGCACUAUACUGCCAUUAACUUCAUGGCCACUCCUGAACAGACCAGCAAGAACUUGGACAUGUCCAUCAAUGCAUCAAACAAUUUCAAUCUGAACAUCACUUGGUCAGUGGGGUCAACAGCUGGAACCAUCUCUGGGGAAGAGAUCCCCAUCGUGUCCAAGACCAACAUCAAAGAGUACAGAGACAGUUUCUCUUGUGAGAAAUUCAGUUUUCAUAGCAAUCCUAACAUCACUUUCUAUGUAUACGUCAGCAACUUCUCAUGGCCAAUCAAAAUACAGGUGAGGACACGUUUUGACAUUGUUCACAUGUUUCAGUAUGUUAAGCUGUUUUUUAGUUUUGGCUGUUUUCUGUCGCUGUUGCUGGUAGCUGCAGUGGUGUGGAAAAUCAAACAGACCUGUUGGGCCUCCAGGCGACGAGAGCAACUGAUGAGGGAAAGGCAGCAGAUGGCCAGUCGCCCUUUUGCCUCGGUCGCGGUGACACUGGAUUUGGGCGGCACUCAAGUAGAACUGCUUCAGGGUGGAAUCGAGGGACCGCCCAAGCCAGUUGCCGUGGAACCCUGUUCUGGGGCUAAAGCAGCAGUGCUCACAGUGCUAAUGUACCUCCCAAGAGUGGCAUCUGGUGUUCCUCCACCCGGCCAGUCAGGUAUAGCCAUCGCCAGCGCUCUUAUCGACACGUCCCAGCAGAAGCCCAUGGACUUCAAAGAGAAAAGCCAAGGCUUGAAGAACCGCAAAGCUCUGCCUCCCGCUCACCAGGGCACCUGUGUUUGAAUCGUCUUCGGCCUCGGUGGGCUGUCCUUUACCACAGCGACCUCCUCUCUUGUGCUGCUUCAGGCAGACGGCGGCCUAGAGCGGCCCCAUGUGAGGGGAAUAUUUAGGUGACAGAGUGCCCUCUAUUUCCAAUGCACAUACACUUUACCUCUCCACGUCAAUUGAACAUCGUAAAUAGAUCUCGUCCGUUUCCAACGACCUUGCUUUCACCAUCUGCUCAAGCUCAAACAUUACAAGUUCGACUCCAUCUGCACAAAUCGACAGGCUGCUUCUUGAUUCACCCAACUCUGGGCACCGUUGAGCCCUUUCCCUACGGCGAUUUUGGUCUUCUCAAGGCCUUCUAAACAUUGAGGGUCUCUCUAAUGGUCUCCCAUCAGCUGUAUACCAAGCACAGAUGUGCCUCUAGCAUGGUUUGUACAUUAUGGACCAGAGUGUCUUUCUAAGCCAGAAGUAGCGUUCUGGUAGUCUCGGGGCGGUUGCCGGUUUUGUGUACGGGUUGCUCACCUAUUUGUAUGCUCGCAAACUAGACUUAUGUUUUUGCUAAAUUUUUAGCUAUUUUGACAUUUUAUUUAAGAGAUGGAUUAUAGAAAUGCUUACCAUGGCGUGGAAGCUAUCUAUUGUGUAAGCUAAUGACGUUCUGCUGCUGAUAGCCUCAUGCUUGGUAAACUCGUGUUAGGAAUGGAUCACAUCCGUUUUUAGCUAGAUAGGUUUCACACAUUUCAUACUUACGCUCUUCUUGUGAAGACUUUGCAUGGACCACUUACACUAUGCUUGAAAAUUUUGAACAGUUUGUGGGUUACGUGUCACACGAAGAACGUCUUCAUGUCUUGAAAUACCGUUAGCUGCACCAUAAUGUAGAGGAGACAGCUGGUGCGGGUGAAACCGAGUGUCAGUCGUAAAUCGCUGAGAUAAGUCGGACUUUAGUUGAGAGAUGAAAUCGUGCCUCGCUGAACUGACAAACCUGGAGAAUUUACGGCAGAAGACACAUGGCAACGUGUGCAUAGUAUUGUUAAGGAAAUGCUAGGGAACUCUAGAAAAGCCCUUGAUCUUCUUUAUUUUUGUCGUUUUGCAGCGGUACAGAUUUAAAUGAGCAAAGACUCAUAACUUUGCAGUAACGCUUCAUCUCUUUAUAAUUAACUUUUGUAUUCUUAAGUUUCACAUAUUGUGAUCGUCAACAGAGGAAGAUUUUGAGGAGACCAGCAGGUGAGAGUGUAUUUAGACUUUCUCUACACUCAAGGACUGAGUCCUCAAGCAAUGGGCUUUCUGAGAGCAGGUUUACCAGGACUCACCAUGCAACUGGAUCCGAAUCUUCUGAAGUCCUCAAUUUUGCUCUAUAUGAUUAACGCACCGUUAGGACCGAGCCUAAGCCCUCCAUGGGUAAAACAGGAUGUCCAGGUGACUGUAUUUUCCUCUGUGGCAACAGCAAAAAGUGUACAGCAUCCUAAUCAUCACUCGUUUGCUUUAGAUGGACUUCUAAUGUGAAUUGCUCUUUUUCUCUUCAUGUAGCUACUUCAAUGUUUUUGUUUGUAUUUUCUGCUGGUUUUAAUAAAGGAUAUUAAAAGGUCAUUAGGUAUUUUAGGUCCACCCUCUGUACGUGACGGUGAUGAGAAAUAAUCAUGUCUUUUACAAUGUUUGUGGAAAAAAAGAAAUGUUGAAUUGUUUUUGUAACUAAUUGAUUCCUGUGUAAUACCUCUGAUUUGAUUCUUAGGUCACUCAUGUAACUAACUCAGUUCAUGUUGGUGUCUGUUUUUAGGGCUAGUAUAAAAACAGGGCUUCUAGGGCUAAACUGAAGCUGCUCAUCUAGAUUAUUCUGGGCAUUUUGAACUUAAUUUACAGGUUAUGAUGUGUUAGGAAUUUAGUUUUGAAGCUAUUUUUUUUUUUUAUCUUGAAGUGAGAAAGAGAUUGUCACGCAGGAAUUCUACAGACUGAUUACACAGGAAUCAUCUCACUGUACCUGAGAAAAAAAACAGAUUCAUUCAUCACUCAGUGCAUAUCAUUAAUCUUCAUUGUAUUUUACAGAUGAAUGUAAAAAUAAAACACUUAAAUAUUCAGAAGUCCUUGGAUCAUUCCAGCGCAUGUGAAUAUGCAGAGCUCGUCUCAAGGCUUUAACAAAAUCAAUCAUUUGGUGGUUCUCGCUAGGAUUCAUUGCUGUUA